GUUCAGUGCAGGUAACCAGCACUGUAUUUAGCGAGAGGCUCGCUGGGCUCCAGAGCGAGCCCCAGCCUUUUGCAGGCCCGUGUUCUCCCCUUUGUGUUAGUCACGAGAUGCUGAUGCAGAGCCUGGACUGGAGCGAUCACACCAGCUAGAGGCCGUCGUGUCAGGCGCAGCAGCCCCCAGAGUAGCGCGAGCUGGUGUCAAACCGGAUCCAGCCCGGGGAGCCGACUCGGCUCCACCCGCGCGGCCCUCCAACUCUCAUUUCCUUCCCCUCCACCCUAGAUCUCGCGAGAACGUGUGGAGUUCGAGGUUGCCAUGGAUACAACGACAACCGACCGGCGCUCAAGACUGCUGGGGGAGAGAGGUGGUUUGUCCGGGAAGCGGCCCUGAAGCUUUGGGGCUGAGGUAAGGGGGUCUCGACUCGGGGAAAAUGGCUGAUCCAAAGGAGGUGGUGGAUAGGGACAGUGAAGUAGAUAAAACUGAAGCAUCAGACACUGAAAAGCAAAUGAUAGAACACACCCACACAAAGCCACAAGCAGAAGACGAUAUAGAGACUGAUCACAAUAGCACUGCAGAGGCGUCGGUCCUUCUGAAAGCAAGGACAGAUGCAUCACAAUCAAAUGAGGAUGGACUACAGAAGGAGCAGGAACCAGCUCCAGAGGCUCGCGGGCAGGAACCGGAGCAGGAACCCGCUCCAGAGCCUCAUGGGCAGGAACCGGAGCAGGAGCCAGCUCCAGAGGCUCGCGGGCAGGAACCGGAGCAGGAGCCAGCUCCAGAGGCUCACGGGCAGGAACCGGAGCAGGAACCCGCUCCAGAGCCUCAUGGGCAGGAACCGGAGCAGGAACCCGCUCCAGAGCCUACAUGGGCAGGAACCGGAGCAGGAACCAGCUCCAGAGGCUCACGGGCAGGAACCGGAGCAGGAGCCAGCUCCAGAGGCUCGCAGGCAGGAACCAGAGCAGGAACCUGCUCCAGAGCCUCGCGGGCAGGAACCGGAGCAGGAACCCGCUCCAGAGCCUCAUGGGCAGGAACUGGAGCAGGAGCCAGCUCCAGAGGCUCACGGGCAGGAACCGGAGCAGGAGCCAGCUCCAGAGGCUCACGGGCAGGAAUCAGAGCAGGAACCCGCUCCAGAGCCUCAUGGGCAGGAACCGGCUCUUGAAGAACAAGAGCAGAAAAGCAUAGAAGGGCAGGAACCAGCUCUUGAACAGGAAAAUGAUCUUGCACUGGGUAAUCAAGAAGAAUUGCUUGAAAAAGGUGAACAAGGUGUAUCUGAGCCAACUGCUCCAUUAACUGAAAUAACUGAAGAAAUUUCUCAAAUUACUACAGAAACAUUUGCUAAGUUGUUAGCAGCUGAAAUAAACAACUUAGGUACAAUGCAACUGGAGGCUUUGGAAUCUGAGAGGUCAUUGCCAGAAGUGAUGACAAAUGCUACAGCAACAGUUAAAAUCAUGUUGGUUCCUGAUAUCCAGAGGAUCACAAUGGCUUUUAACAUUGACCAAACUGUAGGGAAGCUCAAGCAAUGCUUUGCAUCACAGCUAAAAGUACCAAAAGAUGUCUUACAGGUCGGGUUUCAAGGGAGGCUAAUUGAGGAUAGUGAGACUCUAAUGGAUAUUGGAGUUAGGCCUCAUGGCACUAUCCAGAUUGAGAUGUUCUCUCUUGAUUCAGAACAGUACCCAAUCAAAGCAAUUAAAUUGCAGCAGGACUACAACAUGCCUGAUGUCAUAACUGUGAGAGUGCAAACAGAUUCUGACACAUUCCAAGAUGUAGCAGUAGAGAUUGAAAGACCUACCUAUCGUAAACCAUUUCUGGGAGGAUUUAAGCAUAGGGUAACAGGUGUGGAAUUUCAUAAUGCAGGAUCACAAACAGUACCCAAAAAACGACGUGACAAAGGAAUUAAAGUAUUUUGCAGGGAGACACAGACCGUUGUGGAGAAAAAUAAGCGCCAACAGACUAGAAAUACAACCUCCACACAGAUGACUAAAAUUGGCCUCUAUGUGUCAAACAUGACUGACAAGCUCAUAGAACCAAGAACAUAUCUUACAGCAGAAGAAUAUCAUAAACAAAGACUUGAUGCAAUAAUAGUAUUACAGAAAUAUUUCCGACGAUGGCAUGCCAUAAAUGUUGUACAGAAGUUAAGAGAAGAAAAAAGGUUGCGGUUAGAAUGGGAGGCACAAGAAGAGUUAAGGAAAAAAAGAGAGAAGGAAGAAAGAUUGAGAAGGGAGCAUGAGCGAAGAUUGAAUCCUAAAACAAAGGAAGACUUUGAACUACUUUACCAUGCUUUAGAAUUAUGGAGGCAGGAGGAGAUUGAGCGCAUUAACAACACUCUCACUGGAGCAGAAAGAAAGGCAGCCCUCUGUGCACUUCUAGAACAAGAGACACAGCUGAUUGCUUCCAUUGGGAGACACAAACUAAAUGCAGAUGAAGAGAACCAGCAAAAAGCAAUACUGUUCUUUUUGGAUAAGUGUGCAGAGCCAAAGAAAUGGAAAGCAUAUGAUGGAAAAAUAACUGAAAUGGAUACACAGUUUACACUACGUGCCAGAGAACUGCUUGAGAUCUACCGCAGCAUUAGUAUGAAAGACCUCCCAAAAGAUGAGAGGCUGGAUGUGCUGUUAACACUCAAACAUACAGUGAAGGAACACGAGUGUAAACUCACCCAUGAAAUAGUGGAAUUAAUUGAUAGAGAGGCUGAUCUUAUGAUGCGAGGCGUGAAAGAAUGCAAUCUAGAAGGACUCAGAAAAAGAAUAUGCACAUUAUUUCUUCAGUAUAUUAAAACUCCAAUCUUUAACCCUGAGGUUGCUAGAUUACUUAAGGUUCCACCAGAUCCAUUAAAGCUUUAUAAAAACAUUUACUUCUGUCGUGGUUGCAAAAGUUACUUGCCCUCUACUGAAUUCUCUGUGCCUGCUAAUUCACGCACUGUCGGCAGGUGUCGCCGUUGUUGCAAGCUCGAUAAUGAGGCCCGGCGUCGAGAAGCCUUUUUGAAAUACAAGCUUAUGCUAAAAAAUCUCAGAAAAUCUGAAGCUGAUUACCAGGAUGAUGCUAAAAUCGUUUAUGUAGUUCAGCAAAAAGAUCUACAGUACAUGGUGGAGAACAUUUGGGGUUGUCAGUCAGCUCUUAGUGCCUGGGAUGAUCUCCAUGAUUUGGUUAUGGUCAGAUGGGAUAAGCACUGUGAAUGGUCUCCAUGGAACACAGUCCUCCUCACUAAAGAUGAGGCAAAAGCACAUCUCAAGCUGCAUAACCUUCAAGAGGCAUAUGAAAUGGUAUUUAUUCACAGGAUAAAGCACAAACAUAUCCUGGCCAAGAACUAUUUCUCUCAGAUUCCAGAGAUGGCAUCAUUUUUGCAUAAAGGUGAUGAUCAGGCUCAUACAAAUGAACUGUUAAUAACUAAGCCUAUCCCUGCUGGGUCAAAAGCAUAACUCUUCAGACAUAAAGCUGUUAUCUGAAUUAUUGAUUAACAUGACUAACUUAAUUGGAGUAAAGAAUUGUCCUGUUUCAUCUAUAGAUUAAUUGUACUCAGGGAACAUGUAUCAAGAUAAACUUCCAAGGAUCCAAUACUCUGAUCCUGACCACUUAUUGUAAUAAUUGCAUUUCAUGUUCUGUGACUGCAAGCGUGUUAAGUUUUUAAACAUAAAAUAAAACAUUUUUAGAAUACAGUUUGUAAAAUUUAUCAUAAUCAUUCCAUAAGCUUUUCAAACCUGAGGUUGUCUUCUUGUAUCCUUAAGUGCCUACUGCUACUGCAAUAUAAAUAAUAUUGAGGAGAUUUAGAGAAUUUCCUUUAUACACAAUUUCUAUUUUAAACAAUAUUAUACUACUAAUAAACCUUUUUAUAAUAUUUUAAUUCAUUUCUUCUGUGUUUUAAACAGGUGAGGCCUUUUGGUCAAAAACAAAAAUAUGUAAUCCACAUUCAGCUACAGAUUUCAUUAUCUGUCCAAAUAUAGGCCCUUUAUCUUGCAAACAUUUGUGCACAGGAAUAACUUAACACAUGUGAGAGUAGUCCCAGUGAGCUUAAUGGAACUACUCAUAUGUCAGUGUUUGUAAAAUUGUGGCUGUAUUUUGUAAUACCAAAAAUAGAUUGUUUGGGACAUGUUAAUCUCUUGGUUAACUCAUCUGAAGUUACAGCAGGAGUCAAUUUUCUCCCUUAAAUAUAUGUUUAAAUAACAAUAAAAAGUUAUAUGAAAUUGUUCAAAA